AUGACGCCCGCGCUUCGCCCGCGCGUGGACAUUCGCGCGUUCGGCGCGCGCGGGAGCGGACGCGGUGCCGACGCGACCGUGGACGCGUCCACCGAGGUGGUUUCUGCAAAGGAUGGAUCGUCAGCCACCGCGAGUGGUGGGCGAGGGACGGACGGGGACGGUGACGCGCGCGCGCGUGGGAUCGGGUCCGUGGUGACGCACGCGUACGAUAGAGCGACGAUGUUGGCGAUGCGGACGUCCAUGGGGGCGAGCGAGCUCCCGGUGGAGCUGAGCGCGUCGACGAUCGAGUGCGUGCUGAACGACGCGAACGAAGCCGUCGCGCGCGCCGAGGGGAGCGUCUGGGGUAAAGGACAUAAAGACCCUGGGAAGGAGAAGGAUAAGGCGGUGAUGCAGGAGACGGAGACCGUGGCCGCGGCGAGCGAGCGACCGGCGACCGCGGCGCCGGGGCAGAGCGUCGGUCCUCUGGACGUGGAUAAGUCCAAGCGCGUCGCGCGCGCCGCGUGCAACAAGCUCUCGGACGAUAAAGUCGAACGAGCGGUGGCGCAGUUGAAGGAUUGCGCGAUGAAUGAGAUCGAGGUGGCGAAAACGUUGGCGAGCGCCAUCGUCGAUCGGUGCGUCUCGGACGAGCGCGCGGCGAACGCGUGCGCCGAGCUGUGCGUCAAGGCGAACGCGUUGGCGCCCAACGCGUAUUUGAUCAACAACGGCGCGUCGAGCGCGUCGUUCAAGUCCUUGUUCCUGAGCGCUUUGCAGGACGAUUUCGAGGCGGCGGAGCUGGCGAGACAGACUCUCGCGAAAUCGGUCGCGGACCGAUUCGAGCGCGAAGCCGCGGCGAAGAAAUUGAAGACGCGCGCGUGCGGCGCGGCUAGGACGGUCGGCGCUCUCUACGUUCGCGGUUUCGUCGGCGAAGGCGUCGUUCGAGCGAUCGCGGAUGAGCUCAUCGGCGAAUCUGGGACGACGCCGAGCGAAGAUUACGUCGACGCCAUGUGCGGUCUCCUCGAGACGUGCGGCGCGGUUUUGGAUAAAAACAUGAAGAAGGUUGUCGACGCCUACGUCGCUCGGCUCAACGUCUGGGGCGAAUCCGACGAAUUGAACGCUCUAGUUCGAUUCGCGUGCCGAGACGUGAUCGAAUCGCGCCUGACGGGGUGGAAAUCGAAGAAGACGGCGUCCGCGGAUGACUCGAAAAAGUCUUCCCAUUCCGUCGCGGAUGCGCUCGCGAACGCGACGCCCGCCGUUUCCGAUGAAAUCCUGUUCCCGGAGGGACCGAAAUCGACGAGCGCAUCGUUCGCGCCGUUGCGCGGUCCAUACGCCGCGCCGGCGGGAACGACGACGUUUCCCACCGCGGCGAACCGCGCCGCGCUCGAGGCGAAACUCCGGAGCGACGCCAAGGCGCGCGCCGAGGCCAAGGCGGAAGCCGCGGCGGCCGCCGCCAGCGGCGCCGUCCCGUCGAGUUCAAACUACAGCGCCGAGCAAGCGGAUCAAAAGAUCGCAUCCUUCGUCGACGAGUACUGCCAAGUCGGCGACGUCAGCGAAGCUCUGUUGUGCGUCUCCGACGUGAUCAAACGCACGAGCGACGAGGAGGCGACGAAGAUGAACGUCGCGCGCGCGCUCGUCGAUCGCGUCGUCAACGAAUCCACGGUGAAGACGGCUGAUUUGGUCGCAAAAUUGCUCGCCGCGCUCUUCACCGACGGUGGGUUCGACACGUCCACGCUCGAGCAGGCGAUCGGCGACGUCGUGAGCGUGCUCGACGACAUCGCGAUCGAUUGCCCCAUGGCGCCCAAGCUCUUGUCGAAAGUGGUCGCAUCCGUCGUCGCCGCCGGCGCCGUCGCGCUCGAUUUCAUCACCGCCGCCGGAAGCGGCAUCGAGGACGUCACCGUUCGCCGCGACUUUGCGGGCGCCGCCCUCGUGGAGCUCCGCGCGGCGAAGUUCGCCGGCUUGGUCGCGGGCGCGUUGGAGAUCAAAGAGUUCGCCUCCACGACGGACGACGGCGUCGACACCGUCACGGAGUGGUUGGAGAAGUUAAACUUGCGCGAUUUAGUGGCGUAG